UCUCUCUCUUCCCCCUCCCUCUCUUGUUAUCUUCAGUGGAGCCAGAAGAGGUGGGGGGACGACCGAGACACCGGACAGGCCAAGAACCGGAGGAGGAAGGCGGCAGCUCGCUAGCCAGCCAUGUGGGAUCUCAAUGACUCGCCGGCCGCCGACGCGCCGCACGCGCCGCCGCUCUCCCCGUCCGUCGACGACUCCGGCGCCUCCUCAUCCUCCGCCGCCGCGGUCGUCGACAUACCCGACGACGGCGACGAUGCCUCCGCCGCUGCAGCCGCGGAAGAGCCCAUGUUCACCCGCCAGUUCUUCCCCCCGGCCGUCCCCGGCGACCCCGCCCCGGCCAACGGCCGCGCCGCCUGGCUCCGCCUCGCCGGCGCUCCCCCACCCGCCGCGGCCGCCGCUUCUGCGGCAGCACCCGGUGCCGGCGCAGGACCCGGCGCCGCGGCAUCAGCAGCAAACAAGAAGAGCCGGCGCGGGCCGAGGUCCCGCAGCUCGCAGUACCGCGGCGUCACCUUCUACCGCCGGACGGGCCGCUGGGAGUCGCACAUAUGGGAUUGUGGCAAGCAGGUCUAUUUGGGAGGAUUUGACACUGCUCAUGCGGCGGCCAGGGCGUACGAUCGGGCGGCGAUCAAGUUCCGCGGCAUGGAGGCCGACAUCAAUUUCAGCCUCGAGGACUACGAGGACAUCAAGCAGAUGGGCAAUCUGACCAAGGAGGAGUUCGUCCACGUGCUCCGGCGCCAGAGCACCGGCUUCCCGCGCGGCAGCUCCAAGUACAGGGGAGUCACCCUCCACAAGUGCGGCAGAUGGGAGGCCAGGAUGGGCCAGUUCCUCGGCAAGAAGUACGUCUACUUGGGCCUGUUCGAUACCGAGGAGGAAGCCGCCAGGUCCUACGACCGCGCUGCCAUCAAGUGCAACGGCAAGGACGCCGUCACAAACUUCGAUCCCAGCACUUACGCAGAGGAGUUCGAGCUGCCCCCGGCUGCUUCGACAGGCGAUGACGGCGAGCAGAACCUGGACCUGUCGCUGGGGAGCUCGGCGGGCUCCAACAAACGGGGCAGCCUCGACGGCGACGACGACGGCACGGCGGGGUCCGACCAGCGCGUCCCCAUGGCAUUCGAGCUCGACUGGCAGACGGCGGCACGGAGCACCAAGGCCAAGUUCGACCAAAACUUGACGCAUCACCAGAUGCCCCCUCCCGUCCUGCAGGCCUCCCACCUGCCGUUCAGCCCCAGGCAUCCCCAAUUCGCGAGCAACGGCGAUCCGGGGACAGCGGGAGGCCUGUCGCUGACGGUCGGUGGCGCGAGCGGCGGAGGCGGCGGGCACUGGCCGCCUCAGCAGUACCACCACCAGCAGCAGCAGCAACAGAGGCUGCACUACGGUGGCUGGGGCAACGGCGCGCCGCCCGGCACGAGCUGGCCGCUGCCGCCUCAACCGCACCUGCCGACGGCGCCACCGUCCAACGCUGCCGUCGCCGCCGCGGCAGCUGCAGCAUCAUCACGAUUCCCACCCUACGUCGCUACGCAAGCCCACAGCUGGCUGCAGAAGAACGGGUUCCACUCCCUGGCAAGACCCACCUAG